CUUCUUUGAGAACGCGGCGGCUGUGAAAAAAGGGCCAUCGAUCUCUUUCAACGAGAAGGAGGUGAUGGGCAGCGUUGUGACUGUCGUUCCUGCCAAGACGUCCCCGAAGCCUGACCCGCAUGAGAACUCCUCGGUUGUGUUCGUCUCUCCCAUCUUCCGCGCGUCGACGACGAAGCAGCAGAUUCGUGAGCUCUUCGCGGGCCUGAAGGUGCUGCGCCUGCGCACUUACCGCAACAACUACGCAUACGUCUACCUGGACUCUCCCGUCGCCGCACAGAAGGUGGUGAAGGAGAAGAACGGCGUGGAAUUCCGUGGCAAGCAGCUUCGCGUUGCCCUGUCAACCCGCUCCCUUGCCAAGGAGAGGGCUCGUGCAGAGCGUGCGAAGCUUCUCAUGGACGCCCACAGCUUCAACAAGAAGCAGGCCCACAAGAAGUGA